AUGGCGACAGGUAAAUCACAAAUUGAAGUGGUUUCCGCUAAUGGCUUUUCUGCUUUAGACAAAUGUGAUUCCUCUCGUACAUCUAUGUAUGAGGAUCUUGUCCAAAAUCCUCAACUUUUUUGGGAUACGCUUCGAGAUUUUCUCGAAUCUUCUGGGCAACAUUUAACUGAGAUCCCUGUUAUGGAUGGAAACAGUCUCGAUCUGCAUCGGCUGUUCAUCGAGGUCACAUAUCGUGGUGGUCUUCAAAAGGUGAUCAAGGAUCGCCGAUGCAAAGAAGUGAUUGGCUUAUUCAACUUUAAGACAGUUGUAACAAAUGCAACAUCUGUUUUAAGGGCUAAUUAUGAAAGAACGCUCCUUGAGUUUGAGCAUGUGUAUUACUUCCGAGCUCCGCGUUCUACAUUUAAGGGAAUUGAGAAAGCACUGAAGCGCCCUGUCCGAAGAUCUGCAAAGCGUGGCAUGGAUCCUCAAGAACUGAAAUCUGGCGCCAAGCUUACUGGGAUCAUCGAUGGGAAGUUUGAAAGCGGUUACCUGGUAACCGUGAAGAAGGGCUCAGAAGUGUUCAAAGGAGUGCUUUACCCCACUCCUCAAGCUGCUCCUAGAACACGAAAACGCAUGAAUAAGAGAGCCAAGUUACACCCCAAAGCUUCAAUGAAUUCUUGUGCAGCGGAAACUGUAGCUGAGACCCAUGCAGCGGAAACUGUAGCUGAGACCAAUGCAGCGGAAGGUGUACCUGAGAUCGAUGCAGCGGAAACUGUUGCUGCGGUCGAUGCAGCGCAAACUGUAGCUGCGACUGAUGCAGAUGCAAGUGCAAAUGCAUCGUAGACUGUGGA